AUGGUGAGCCGCUUGGUACUCGCAUGCCAGUACGGCAUGACGCUGUACUUCACGUGGCAUUACUGCAAGACUCGCGCGCCAUUGUUGAUCAUUUUGUUCUCGCUGCUGGCCGCUGCAGCUGUUUUCUUGGUGGGUAUCAACGUGGUCGUGGCCGCGGUUUGGCCGGCGCUCUCGCUUGAGAAGACCCAUCUCGUGGAGAGAAUGACCUGCUUGACUUUGAUUAUCCAUGAUCGGGAAGCUGGACCGCGGUUCUUCCCCCAGGACAUUGGAAUUCUCAUAUCAUCCGUGCUGAUUAUUUACCUGACUUACCAACUGUACUUCGACAACAUCAGCAGCGUCGAGGCACUGGGUCCGAUCGGCCAGCACCUGUGGGCUAUGCUCCACUUCCCCUUCCACGUCUGCCUCUGUCUCAUGAUGGAAGGGAUCAACCAAAUCUUCAUCUGGGCAUACCUCUGGGCCGGGAUCAGCCAGCUUUUCAAUCCCCUGAUGAGCGGGAUCAACAGCAAUACCCCGGUCGACGAACUCAGGGAUAUGCUGGGGGAGGCGUUGGACGACGUCCUGAACCGCUUCACCACCUACAUGGAUCAAUUUUACACCAUCGAAAGCGCCUACAACGCGACCAUCGCGCUGCCCCCUAACGCGACGGGGACGGAGUUCAUCGAGAAGGCGUGGCCGGCCAUCAUGGAGACGGUGACCAUCAUCGUGCACAACUUCGGGUGGAAGAUCCCCAAGGAAGUGGCGGCCAAAGCGAAUCUCACGUUCCAAGAGGUGACAGACGCGGUCAUGAAGGUCUUUGAUCUUACUUUUGGAUACUUCUGCAUCUGCACGGGUCUCUUCCUGAUCUUCACCACGGUCUUCGCAAUCCUAUCGCUUCCCCGUGAUCCUCAUCAUUUCCGCAUGCGCCGCGUCAGCACGGGGACCAUCGCGCUCGUGGGGCUGGGCCUGGCGCUGCUCAGUCUCAUGAACAUCUCCGGAAAGAGCCAGGCAGUAGGCCAAUCGCCGUGGGUACUUCCAGCGCUGGCGCUGAUUAUGCUCUUCUUGCUCGCGUUGCAUCAUUUUGCCCAAGGAGGCUAUAUCGCUUCUAUACGGCACCACUGAC